UGCUCACUCUGCUGAAAAGUGAAAAUUGAAGUGAAGUCUUGGGGCGCCGCCUUUAAUAUUUUUUUAUAUUUUAAAGUUUAUUCAAUUUAAAACACCUAUCUUCCAAGAUGACAGAAACUCAAGAAAACAUAUUUCUCUUUGUUCCCAAUAUCAUUGGAUUCGCCAGGGUCGUCUUGGCUAUCAUAUCCUUCUAUUAUAUGCCGACGCAUUGCGCCUUCGCGGUGAUUUGCUACGUGACCUCGGCGCUGCUGGACGCCGUGGAUGGCCAUGCCGCGCGGUUCUUUAAUCAGAGUACUAAGUUUGGAGGAAUGUUAGACCAGCUAACUGACCGUGCCGGCACUGCAGGCCUCAUGAUGACCCUCGCCACUUUCUACCCCAAGUACACCUUCUGGUUCCAAAUCUCCAUGGUCAUUGACAUCACUUGCCACUGGCUCUACCUGCACUCGGUGACCGUCCAAGGGAAAGCGUCGCACAAGCUGAUUGACAUGUCUGGCAACCCCAUCAUGCGGCUCUACUAUACCAACAAGAAUGUGCUCUUCUUCAUGUGUGCUGGCAAUGAAGCAUUCUAUGCGGCUCUGUAUGUUAUGUACUUCUACACUGGUCCUACAGUUCUCGGAAUCGGCCUAUACAAGCUUAUUGCCCUAGUCUCCAUGCCGGUGGCAGUGGUGAAGGCGGCCAUCUCUGUCCUCCACGGCAUCGUGGCGUCCAUCAACAUCGCCUCGCUCGACCGCGCCGAGCGCGCCGCGGCCGCCCAGAAGCAGGACAAAGCUAAUUAAGCUAAGAUAACUAGUUGUAGUUUGGCCAGCCAUCUGUGUAGGACUGAUCGCACCGGACCAUCCAGACCUAUCGCGAACAGCUUCGUUUUUUCGUCUAUUUGCAUCUAUCGGUCGAUUAUACAAGAGCAAUAAAGACGCAGAUAAUUAACGCGAAGAGAAAUCUUUUGGCGAAGAGUUCGCUAACUCACGUGCAUUACCUAGUAUAAUAGAGCUUUACUCAGGUGAUGUUUUUUGAGCUAAGAGUCCAAUCUUUGUAUGCAGUGUGAUAGGCUACCGAAAGGAUAGCUUCCGAACUGAGUGAGGAAAAACAAUGAAAAAGCAAUUUUAUCAUCUUAUCUAUAAGGUUCAAAUUCAUAUCAUGGGUUAUUCGGAAAACUACUACAUAGUAUACGAUAUGUACCGUGAGCAAGUAAUUUGCAAAUGGCGUCAGAUCUGAAGGCACCUAUACAAUUAGCUGUGUCAAUGAUGCAUGAACAACUUAAGCACCGGUGUAGGUGUAGGCAAGCUAAAAAGUACUACAGUUACUAAGGAAUAAUCUUUAGGAUGAUAGUUUUACUUAUACUUAUAAAGUUAAGAGGUGACCGGAAUGCUCUCUGAACGUUUUAGUAACACGGCUGGCUGGCCCUACUAUAUGACUUCCAUUCCAACUAUUCCAAGCAGUGUUUUACCAAUGUUUUACCAUCAAUAAACAUUUUGCGAAAGAAAUGUACUUCAGUUCUUAGAACAUUCAAGUUGUAUAAUCCGGAACUAAACCGAAAAGAUUUAAGUGUGGUAACCCUUUAUUUAAGUGACUUAAAUUUGACUCCCAUUUGUGUUGCCAAAUUAUAACCAGUCAAUGUUUGCACAUUUUGGGCGCGCAUCAUAAAGUGUUAGUCUGACAAA